AUGAGCAACUUUCUGGAACUAUAUGAGCCGCUCGACAUCAUUGGCAAUGGCUCAUUUGGAAUUAUUCGUAAAGUCAGGCGGAAAACAGACGGGACGAUAUUCGCUCGCAAGGAGCUCAAUUUUGAACGGAUGUCCGAACGGGAUAGGAAGCAGAUUGUAGCAGAAGUAAACAUCCUAAAAGACCUUGAUCACGAACAUAUUGUACGCUAUCAUGACCGACACGUCGACAGAGAAGCUGGCAUCCUAUAUAUCCUCAUGGAGUACUGCGGAGGUGGUGAUCUCUCCUCCAUCAUUAAACAAGCGCAGAAGCAUAAUAGGCUUGUUCCGGAGGACACUAUUUGGCACUAUUUCAUGCAGAUUUUACUUGCACUUCAACAUUGUCAUCAUCCACCAAACCAAGGCAGCGAUGAUCGGCGCCCACAGAUAUUACACCGGGAUUUAAAGCCGGAUAACGUCUUCCUGGAUGACUCCAAUAAUGUUAAACUAGGUGACUUUGGGUUAUCCAAGGCGCUCGCGCAGGCAAGCUUUGCAAAUACCUACGUCGGGACACCCUAUUACAUGUCACCUGAGUUAAUGCAGGAGAAAGCUUACGACUCCAAAUCGGAUAUCUGGUCUCUCGGGUGCCUCAUUUACGAACUUUGCGCGCUCAAACCCCCCUUUCACGAAGCGAAGACCCAUGCUGAACUCAGCAUAUUUAUCAGGAACGGACGCAUACCCCCAUUACCUAGAGGAUACAGCCAGGCGCUGUCUAGCGUAAUAAAAGCGAUGUUAAACUUGAACCCUGCAAUGAGACCAUCGGCGACGCAGCUGCUCCAGCACGAACGACUGGUACUGAUUUCCAAGGUUGUGGAAGCGGAAAAAAUGCUCGCGACGGUAAAAUCCCACAAAUCCGCCGUUGUCGCCAAAGAACGCGAUCUAUCUGCGCGCGAAGCCGCUCUCGCCGACCGCGAGGCGAGACUUACGACGCUUAUAGCUGAGAAGGAUGCUGAGAUCUUGCGUCUCCACCGAUUGAUUUCGACAGCCGAGUCACAGGUUGACGUACGAAUCCGCGAGGCUAUAGGGAAGCGUGAAGAGGAAUUGAGACUGGCGGUGAUCAAGCGCGAGCAAGAGGUCGCUGCGGCAAUGGCGAGGAGAGAGGAGGAAAUCCUGAACGCCGUCCGACAAAGAGAGCGAGAGAUAUUCGACGCGUGGAGUGCCAGAGAAGGGCAGAUCAGAUCAGAGGCGAACUCAGCAGUUGAAGAGAAGAUGAGGCAGAUAACGGCUAGAGAGGCGGAACUAGAGGCGGAGCAGACGAGGUUGGAUGCGGUGCAAGAGGACCUGGAGGCCAAAUUAACUGCCUUGUCAAACCAGGAAGCUCAAGGCCGGAAAGAGAAGACGCCCUUGGACGAAAUGAAGCAUCUGCUUGCUCCUCUGGUACAAAUUACCGAGGAACAUAGCAAGAUCCGAGAGAAGCGCCAAUCACGGGAUUGGACAAGCGUGGAGACGCCAAUUAGCCGUAACAGCGCUCGGCCUUCAGAAUGUAUGCCCUCAGCGAUGAAGGGUAUCAUCCUCACCCAGACCGGACAACCACUUGCAACACCCACUCCAACAGAACUUGCCAGCCUCUUCGUCAAUUCGCCCAAAGUUGGACUUGACUUCGCUAAAAUAUUCGAUUUCGAUUCCGAGGCUGAGGACGAUGGCGAGCAAGAGGAGGAAAUAUUGCCACCUUCUCCUUCGAAGCGCGAGGGACAUAGCUCCGAGUCAAGCCAUGCGUCAAGUUCGACGACGAGAGAGCCAUCACCUGUGUCUACAAUUGUCCCUCCCACGCGUUUGCGCAAACCAUCAAUCCGGACCUCGUGCAGGCCGCCGCUCCGUAAAACAUGCACCUUAUCUACAUCCUCGUCUGAUCUGACUGAAGUUAAUUUCUUGUCAGCAGGGUCUUCCACAUCGAGCAUCAAAACAGAUCACGGGGUUUCAUCAUCAAAACCGGCUCCAACAUAUGAUUUGUCUGACGAGGAGAAUUUGCCCAGUCCGUUCCUCAAGCGCGUCGAGAGGGAGCGUGUUGGAGUGUUUAAAGCAGGGACCGGGCGCCCAAAACGACCUAGCACGAAUAAUCUCUUGCGGGCCGUCGCAGCGGCUAACGCGGCAUCUGCGCGACCAGGGAGCGCAAGCAAGGGGUCGAUUAAGACAUCGGCAGUGGGCUCUCGGAAGGCUGCAGAGGAAGGUGCGAAGGCUCUCUCGCGGUCAUGA